AUGGAAACACUUCUCGCACUAUGGCGAGGCAAGCCUCAGAUCGAGCAGUCCCAGAAUACAACGUCGGAGGAGUCCGCCAGCGAUGAGAGCUCGUCGCCGACGACGAAAACGACGCCCUCUUCGGGCAGUACACAGUCGGAAGCCAAACCUAUGGUGGCAUCCUCACCGCCGUCCAUAGUGGCACAUGCCAGCGACACUUCAGAUGCGACGAGCAGUAGCUCACCACAAACGACACCAAAGGCGCGCGCCUCUUCCGCCGCCUCAUCCACAUCCUCCGGAUCCAUUCCUUCAUUCUCCCUCUCGCCACAACCUCCCGCCUCCGCGGCGGCUGUAGCACGCGCAAGUGGCGCCGCGGCACCCCCGGCCAUACCCUCGCUCUCGGCUGCACCCGUCCCAACACCAGCAACUGCACCUUCGUCACUCAUGCCACCACCGCCACGGCCUCCGCGACUCAACGGCGUCAACAACAGCUCGUCUCUCCUCUCGCCCACCCCAUCCCGAGGUGGCGGCGGUCUCGCCCCUCCCAACAGCUUGGCCUCGUCCGCCCGGCAGCCAGGCACUUCGACCCUGGCGCCGCCGCCGACACACUCCACCAAGCCCGCCAAGCCGUCGCGCAAGGUGAUCCUCGAGCCGGGCCACUCGCCGCUCGACUGGGCGCGGCUCGCCAACUCGCCGACCUCGGACCUGCGGAACCUGCCGCCCGGCACGCCGUACCUCAAGGUGACGCCGUCCAUGCUCAAGAAGAUGACGGGCCGCAAGGGCAAGGACGCCUGGACGGCGCUGGGCGGUCGCGUGUACAACCUCACGCCCUACCUGCCCUUUCAUCCCGGCGGCGAGCCCGAGCUCAUGCGCUGCGCCGGCCGAGACGGCACCAAGCUUUUUGGCGAGAUUCAUCCCUGGGUCAACUACGAGGGCAUGCUGGCCACCAGCCUGAUUGGCAUGUUGGUCGAGGAAGGAGAGGAAGCCGGCAAUGGAAAGAUGGAUGAGAUGGACUGA